AUGGAAAGUAAAGAUCAAAUUACUCAGGAAAAGCUUGACCAGAGGAUCAGUAGAGAGAAGUCGCUCCUGGUCGAAAGUAUCAAGCAACAAUAUCAGAGAUGCUGCUGUAUUCACGAUAAUACAUUUUCAAGAAAAAUUAAAGUUAGACUACCUUGUUUAGAAUCUGGUGAACGCUUAGUAGACUUUAGGCUCAAAAUGAAUUUUGAAACUCCUAACUAUAUGAAAUUUACAAAAAAAAUUAAAUUUCUACAGUUCUUCAAUGUAAGCGAGGUCUUAUUGAAUAUUGGCAAGGAGAGAAAUUAAGGAUAUUCUGAAUUUUAUAGACUUCUCUUUGCCUAAUAAGACUAAUGAGUUAUAUAUUUCUCUUUCGCUUGAAAUGCAACUAAGUAGAACUACUUACCUCGACUCAUUUAUCAAGAUUAGCUCCAAAGUAACAAAAAGAGUGACGCUUGAUUUUUUCUGUCUUAGUCUUUACCAACUGAAGAGAUUAGUGACAGCUUACAGACAUGUCGAAACAUUAGAUAUUUGGCACUGAAAGUUGUCCAUUCCAACAGUUCCUGAUUUCUCAACGUCUCUUAAGAAUUGCAAAAUUCAGACAAUAAGUUUAUGGAAGACAGGAGCCAAAUUUCACAGCAAUUGGGAAGACCACCCUGACGAGUUCAAGAACUUGAUACAAGGCUUUGCAACUUCUUCAGAUUUAAAGAAGAGUCUCAAGCAAGUAGACAUUUGGAAUUGUCAAUUAAAGCAAAGCGAGGCUCAGGAAACCUUUGAAGAGAAUCAACUAGAAGAAAUAAAAAUAAUAGGUGGAUCUUAAAUUCGUGAAGAAUGA